UUUUGCACGCACUCGGGGUUGCCGUUCUCGGGGCCCGGGUGGGGGGUUACGUUUUGGGAGCGGGAACGUCAUGGCACCUGGUGUCAAAGACAGUCUACGUGCCGUAACACCAUCACAAUCUAACCAAGUAAGUAAUGAAGGUGAUGUCAUCAAAGUUUUUAUAAGAGUCCGUCCCCCUACGGAGGGGCCCAUACUAAACAAUGGAGAACAUCCUGGCAUGUGCUUAUCAGUGCUCACCUCCAAUACCCUCCGUCUGCAUUCCAAGCCCGAGCCUAAGAUCUUCACAUUUGAUCAUGUGGCAGAUAUGGAUGCCACUCAAGAAUCGGUAUUCUCAAGUGUGGCCAAAGGCAUUGUUGAAUCCUGCAUGAAUGGUUACAAUGGUACCAUCUUUGCAUAUGGACAGACUGGCUCAGGAAAAACAUUUACUAUGAUGGGACCAUCUGAAUCUGAUAAUUUCACUCAUAACCUUAGAGGAGUAAUUCCCAGAAGUUUUGAAUAUCUCUUUUUUUUAAUUGAUCGUGAAAAGGAGAAGGCUGGUGCUGGAAAGACUUUCCUUUGUAAGUGCUCAUUCAUUGAAAUUUACAAUGAGCAGAUAUUUGAUCUGUUGGAUUCUGCCUCUACUGGGCUGUUAUUAAGGGAACAUAUCAAGAAGGGCGUCUGUGUUGUCGGGGCUGUUGAACAGGUGGUAACAUCUGCUGCUGAAGCCUAUCAGGUAUUAUCUGGGGGAUGGCGAAAUAGACGUGUGGCAGCUACAUCUAUGAAUAGAGAGUCUUCCAGGUCUCAUGCUGUCUUUACAAUUACAGUAGAAUCAAUGGAGAAAAACAAUGAUGUUGUCAAUAUUCGGUCCUCCCAACUCAACCUGGUAGACUUAGCUGGAUCUGAAAGACAAAAAGAUACACAUACGGAAGGUUUGAGAUUGAAGGAAGCAGGUAAUAUAAAUCGAUCAUUGAGCUGCCUCGGUCAAGUGAUUACAGCCCUCGUAGACGUUGGUAAUGGAAAACAAAGACACGUGUGCUACCGGGACUCCAAGCUUACUUUCUUACUCCGGGAUUCUCUUGGAGGUAAUGCCAAAACAGCCAUAAUUGCUAAUGUCCACCCUGGAUCCAAGUGUUUUGGAGAAACUCUCUCAACUCUUAACUUUGCUCAGAGAGCUAAGCUGAUUAAAAACAAGGCUGUGGUAAAUGAAGACAUGCAAGGAAAUGUGAGCCAGCUUCAAGCAGAAGUGAAAAAGCUCAAAGAACAGCUGGCUCACCUGGCCCCAGGUGCCAGUGCUGUCCCAGAUGAAGAAAAUACUAAAUACAUGAACUGUUUUCGAGAGGCAAUGUUAUUCUUGAAGAAAGCUGAACAUGAAAAGAAGUCUUUAUUAGAAAAAGUUGCACAGUUGGAAGAUCUCAGUGUCAGGAAGGAAAAGUUCAUUCAGUCCAAUAAAAUGAUCGUUAAAUUUCGGGAAGAUCAUAUAACACGCUUAGAGAAACUCCAGAGAGAAGCACGGGGCCAUUUUCUGCCCGAAGAACAGGAUGAGCUGCUCCGUGAGUUACGGGAAGAGAUACAGGCUCUGCGAGAACAGGUAGAGCAGCACCCUCGUAUUGUGAAGUAUGCUACGGAAAACCACUCCCUCAGGGAGGAGAAUAAGCGACUUCGGUCUUUAGAAUCUGUGAAAAGAGUCCAGGAAAUGGAUGCACAGACCAUUGCAAAAUUAGAGCAAGCUUUCUUUGAAAUUUCUGGCACAGAGAAAAAUGAGAAAGGUCAGCAAGGACAUCCUCUGAUGACUUCCUCAGAGUCGAGCACGUUGGCCUCCGUCGAGAAGCUAAGAACACAACUUGUACAAACUCAGGGUGAACUGAGUACUUCAAAGCAAGAGUAUGAGGAAUUCAAAGAGCUGACCAAGAAGAAGCAGCUGGAACUGGAGUCAGAGCUUCGAUCUUUGCGCAAAGCAAACCGGAGCCUGGAAAGCGUCUUAGAGGCCACCAAAGUGUCUAAGCGCCAGCAAGUGUCUCAACUGAAUAAGAUGCACGCGGAGACGCUGAAGAUCAUAACUACUCCAACGAAGGCUUAUCAGCUUCGGUCUCGAUUAGUACCUCGACUAAGUCCUGAAAUCUUGAACUUGAGCUCCAUGGACACUCAGAACACAAAUGACUUGGAUGCUGAUAUAUUCAAUGAGCCAGUUCCUCCAGAGAUGAAUGAACAAGCUUGUGAAGCCAUUUCUGAGGAGCUCAAAGUGGUUCAGGAACAGCUGACUGUUCUUCAGACAAAGCUGGACGAAGAAGAAAGUAAAAACAUGAAGCUUCAGCAGCAUAUUGACAAAUUAGAGCAUCAUUCCACACAAACACAGGAGCUCUUCUCUUCAGAAAGAACUGAUUGGCACAAACAGCAGCAGGACUAUCUCGCACAACUGAGUUCCCUUGAAAAACAGCUUCAAGAUGCUCACAGCAAGAAUGAGUUCAUGACAAGUGAAAUACAUGACCUUCGUAUAGUUCUUCAGUCUGCAGACAAGGAGCUGUCUUCAGUGAAAUCCGAAUACAGGUCAUUAAGAGAAAAUCAGGAAAAGGAGCUCAGUCAGCUUUCCCAAAGACACAUGGAUGUACAGCUCCAACUAGAUAAUGUCAGACUAGAGCAUGAGAAGGUGCUUGAAACCAAAGCCUGCCUGCAGGACUCCUACGAUAACCUCCAGGAAGUCCUGAAGUUUGAGACGGAUCAGCUUUCCAAGGAGCUCCAGGACAGCCAAGAAGCAAAUGAAACUCUGCAAGCCGAACUCAGCAAUGUGUUGGAGCUUUUAGAAACAGAAAAAGAACGUAAUAACAAGUUGAUAUCACAGUUAGAAGAAGACAAAGAAAAUAAUUCCAAGAAGUUCUUAGACGUUCUUGAUUCAGUACAACAGGAGAAACAGAAAGGGAUUGCUAAGUGUGAGCUGCAGACAGCAAAAAUAGAGAAACUGGAACAGAGCUUGUCGGCGGCUGAGAAGACCAUCGCCUCUCUGGAAAAGACUAAGGCUGCUGACCAGGAAGCGGUAACUGAUCUCAUGAGUCAGAUCCAGGACCUGAAAGCAUCUGUUAGUCAGAAAAAUGGAAGUAUAGACAUGUUAACAAGAGAACUAGAGGACAUAACAUGCAAAUACAACUCUACCUUGGCUGAAAAAGAUGACUGUAAGGCAGAUUUAAGGAAACAAGAAGAAGAGAUUAUGGAACUGAAACAAGCCCUUAAUUUGAGAAAAUUGUCUGAUGAUAUGGAGAGAGACAUGUUGUGUGAAGAUCUGAUUCACACCACUGACCAGCUAAACAAAUUAACAGAGGCCUCUAAGAAGCAUUCUGUGUUGCUUCAGUCUGCCCAGGAAGAGCUUGCCAAGAAAGAAGCUUUCAUUCAAGAACUUCAGGAACAGCUAAACCAAAAAGUUAAAGAAUUGGAACAGAAGAAGAAUGCAUAUAGUUUGAAAAUGAGACACCUGGAAUGUGUGAUGGAUUCUGCUUCUGUAUUUCCACAGAGUCCUAAAACUCCACCUAAUUUUCAAGCAAAUCUAGCAAAGCUCCUAGAAACACAAGAACAAGAAAUAGAAGACAGAAGAGCUUCCACAAUCUCCUUACAGCAUCUUGUAACAAAAUUGAAUGAAGAAAGAGACAUCAAAAACAUUGAAAUCCUUAGAAUGAAGGAGCAGUUAUGUGAAUUAGAAAACACACGCUUAGAACUUCAGCAAUUAACAGAGACCAAUCAAAGCCUGCAAAACCAACUUGAUGAUGUUAAGAAGCAAAAGAAAGGCUGCGAUCAGGAAUAUCCAGAUAUUCAUCAACUAAAGAAAGAACAAGAAAAGGAAAUUGCUGAAGAAAGACUCGCUAAGAAUAAAGCAGUGGAAGAAAUGCUGAAAAUAAAAGCAGAAUUAAAAGAAGUCAAAGAUGUCCUUACAGGCAAAGAGAUAGACUGGCUUAAAAUGAUGGAAGAAGUGGAGAGGACAAGAGCUCUGGAAUCGAAAGCCUUCCAGGAGAAGGAGCAGUUGAGAUCCAAGCUGGAAGAGCUCUAUGAAGAGAAGGACAAAAUCGUGCAGGAGACUAACAUGCUAAGGAAGCAAGUGGAGUUUCUUGCAGAAGAAAAUGGAAAAUUAGUAGGUCACACAAAUCCAAACCAGAAGAUUCAGUACCUGGUGAAACUGAAGAAAGACAAUGCCCGACUCACUGAAGAAGCUGAAAAAUUACGUGUUGAAAAUGUCUUCUUAAAAGAAAGCAGAAAAUAUGACAUUUGUCGAGAUUCUGGUCAAGUCCCGUAAAAGUCAUCGUGGUUUAGGAGUCUGUUUCCUUUGUCAUAAAAAAUGGAAGUGGCAGCUCAAAGUCUAAUGGAGCAUUUUGUCUCCCUGUAAUUAACAGCCUUCUGAUGCCAUUCCAACUCCCACAGCUCCAGGUUCCUGGAAAAGACCUUCCUGCUGCAUAUGCUGGAGACAGUUGGUUUGUUUGUUUGUUUGUUUGUUUGUUUGUUUGUUGUUUUGUUGUGUUCUGUUCUGUUUUGUUUUGAAAAUAAAACAUGGCCUGUAACUGUGGUUUACGUGGGGAUUCUGGUGCUACCAUUGCUUUUCGUUUUUCCUGGAGGCUUCCGAUGUGCGGCUUGUAGGAGUCACUCUCAGUGUGCCUCAGUGUUAUUGAGCUUUCUUUCUUGCCAUUGUUCUUCUCUGCUCUUUUCUAUAGUAUUUGCCCUAUGAAUGUUCAAAAGCAGCUUUUCUAAUUACUUUUUUUAGCAUCAUAUUUUGUUUUUAGAGACUCCUUUGGUGUUACUGGGCACAUUUGCCAUGAUUGUAAAAUUUGACAAGAUUUUUAAUACUGUAUGGUCUGUUGAGCAGAAAAUACUUGUUCUAGCACUAUGUACUAGCAAAGUAUAUCUGGUAGAACAUAAUAAAUAAGAUAUUGGAAAUGUUUGUACUUUUCUCAAUUAUCUGAGAAUAAAAUAGUUUCAGAGAUGGUAUCUGACAACAGCUUAGAAAAGGUGGGAAAAGUGCUAUUCUCCCCAAAAAUCCAGAUUUCUGUCAUUUAAAAAAUAAUUUCUUACAUAUGAAUUAGAACCACUUGAUUGAUACUCUGUUUUAAUGCUGAAAUAAAUUUCCUGAGACAGAAUAGCUUUUAUUUCUUCUCUUACAUUAUUCUGUCACCUUUUCUUUUGAAUAGA